CGUGAUAGCUUAGGUUAUUGCAAACUCCGAAGCGAGACUAAAUAUUGACUGUUUGGGAAAUUUUGGUCUCUUGGAAGCUCUAAUUGAUGAUGUUGGCGAGAGUUGAAGCUAGGAAGAAGAAUGGAGGGAAUUCGAGUAAUGGGAAAUUGUUGAAUGAAAUUGAAACUAUUAACAAAGCUUUUUAUUUGGACAAGAACCGUCCAAGCAAUUCAUUUUCUUCUUUUAAUUCUCGGUCCAAACCGGCCCGGAAAACCAACUUGCCUGAACCAAAGUCGAAGCCUAAGAAUAGUAACGAUGACCCUUUGCGUAAAGAGAGGAAAUCUGUUUGGAAUUGGAAUCCGUUGAAAGCUUUUUCGAAUACCGGAAACAAGAGGUUUGCCUGUUGUUUCUCACUUGAAGUGCACUCCGUUGUAAGUUUGCCACUAAAUUUUAAUGAUCUUAGUCUAUGUGUGCAUUGGAGAAGGCGGGAUGGGGAUCUAGUGACUCGUCCUUCUAAAGUUUUUAAUGGAACUGCUGAAUUCGAAGAGCGGUUGACGCUUACUUGCUCCGUAUAUGGCGUUCGAAGUGGCCUUUUGGCCAAGUACGAGGCAAAACACUGCCUGCUUUAUGCAUCUGUGGUGGGAACACCAGACCUUGACUUGGGGAAACAUCGAGUUGACCUUGCACGUUUACUUCCGCUUACAUUGGAAGAAUUGGUGGAAGAGAAGAGCUCUGGGAAGUGGACAACAAGUUAUAAGUUGUCGGGGAAGGCCAAAGGUGCUAUUAUGAAUGUUCGUUUUGGUUAUAUGGUCAUCAGAGAUAAUACUGUUCCACUCGGAGAUAAUCAGCAUGGCGAUGAGUUGUCACAAAUGAAGCAGAACAAUCUGAUUAUGGGAAAGGAAGUUACAAAAUUGGUUCAUGGUGAUCGGAAGGGCACUAUGAGGCGUGUUGAGAGUCUUCCCAAUUCAGUUAAAACCAGAUCUUUUGGCUCAUCUCCUGUACCGGAGGAGAUAAAAGAUCAUCAUGAACUUUUGCAUUUGCCAAAGUCAGAGCUAGAUGUUACUAAUACAGUAGAUCAGAACUUUGAUGAACACAAGUUAGAUGCUUCUGCAUCUUCCAAGCCUGAUUCCGAUGUGUUAAUUGAACAUUCUGAGCCCAUCAGACCUCAGGCUUCGGUUGCAUCUAAACCUAGUAAGGAAUACGCUGAAGAAGAAAAUGAAGAUAAUGACUUCUCUGUUGUGGAAAAAGGGAUGAAGUUAUCUUCAGAAGAACAGGCUAGUCCGGAGGAAGUUACCAUGGUGGCUACUUUAUCAACCGUAGAAAGCCCUCAAGUUGUUGAAGCUAAUCUCGGCGUGGGAGUAAAUUUCGGGGACUGUUCUCAGUUUCAUCCCUCUAACGAUAAGAGUGGUAGUAAGCGAGGAGACGAGCUCGUGGUGCAAGAUUGUGAUCCCAAAGAGGAUGAGCAAGGCUCGAAAGAAUCACUGAUGAGAGAAUUGGACUUAACUUUAGACAGCAUUACAAAUUUGGAGGCAGCAUUUGUCUCUUCUCAUGGCCCUAAAGAUUCCGAAGACAACAUGGAGAAUGAAGAUAAUUAUAAAACAAUUAGGAAAGUGAAGUCACUUAGCUUGGAUGAAGCUGAUGAAUCUGUCGCAAGCGAGUUCUUGAAUAUGCUUGGUAUUGAUGAUAGUCCACUCGGCUUGGGUUUUGGGAGUGAGCCUGAAUCACCAAGGGAGCGUUUACUAAGGGAAUUUGAGAAAGAUACCCUAGCCAGUGGUUGCUCAUUGUUUGAUUUUGACAUGGUUGACGAGGAGGAACUAGAAUCAGGCUUUGACGCAUCAACUCCAUCCGCAUGGGAGAGCUUGAAUGAUGAUUUUGAUUUGUCAUCUGUUAUCCAAGAUGCUGAGCAAGAGCAUCUGAUGGAAGAUAACGGGAGGAAUAAAACGAGGGCUAAAUUAUUGGAAGACUUGGAGACCGAAGCAUUAAUGCGUGAGUGGGGAUUCAACGAGAAGGCUUUCCAGCAUUCUCCACCUGGGUCUAUCAGUGGGUUUGGGAGUCCGGUUAAUUUUCCUCCUGAAGAAGAUCCACUCGAAAUGCCUCCUCUUGGAGAUGGUUUAGGUCCAUUUCUUCAGACAAAGGACGGAGGAUAUUUGCGGUCUAUGAAUCCCUCACUUUUCCGGGAUGCUAAAAGUGGUGGGAGCCUGAUCAUGCAGGUGUCUAGUCCAGUUGUGGUACCUUCAGAAAUGGGUUCUAGUAUAAUGGAAAUACUUCAGGGACUCGCUUCCGUUGGAAUUGAGAAGCUCUCUAUGCAGGCAAAUAAGUUGAUGCCUUUGGAGGAUAUUACUGGUAAAACUAUGGAACAAGUUGCAUGGGAAGCUGCCCCUGCUCUGGAAGGACCUGAGAGGCAGAUGAAGCUUGACUUUGAUGUUGGGGAACAUACGUCUAAUGGGCAAAAGAAAGUUAAAAGAUCACCUCGCGCCAGCUCUAGCAAACUUAAUUCAACCUCCGGCAAUGAGAUGGGGUCGGAUUAUGUAUCCCUUGAAGAUCUUGCUCCAUUGGCGAUGGAUAAGAUUGAAGCUCUCUCAAUGGAAGGGUUGAGAAUUCAAUCGGGAAUGUCAGAUGAGGAGGCACCUUCAAACAUCAGUGCGCAGUCUAUUGGGGCAAUUUCUGCCCUUCAAGGUAAGGGGUUUGGUAUUAAUGGGUCCCUUGGUCUGGAGGGAACUGCUGGGUUGCAAUUGUUGGAUAUAAAAGAUACUGGUGAUAAUGUUGAUGGAUUAAUGGGUCUGUCACUAACUCUUGAUGAGUGGAUGAGACUUGAUUCCGGGGAUAUUGAUGAUGACGGUCAGAUAAGCGAACAAACUUCUAAAAUCCUUGCUGCUCAUCAUGCUACAUCAUUGAACUCGAUUCACAUUGGGUCGAAAGGAGAUAAAAAACGGGGUAAAAAGUGUGGUUUGCUAGGGAAUAACUUCACGGUGGCAUUAAUGGUGCAACUUCGCGAUCCGAUGAGAAACUAUGAGCCAGUCGGUGCACCAAUGCUUGCUCUUAUUCAAGUGGAGAGAGUGUUUGUCCCACCAAAGCCAAAGAUAUAUAGUACUGUUUCUGUGAGGAACGAUGAUCAAGAGGACAAAGACUCGGUGUCUGCUGUGAAAGAGGUCAAAAUGGAGGAGAUGAAAGAAGAAACAGCUUCCCAGGAGGAAGGAAUUCCUCAAUUCAGAAUCACCGAUGUCCAUGUUGCAGGUUUGAAAACCGAACCUGGCAAGAAGAAACUUUGGGGUAGCACAACCCAACAACAGUCCGGUUCUCGAUGGUUGCUUGCAAACGGAAUGGGAAAGAGCAAUAAACACCCAUUAUUGAAGUCUAAGCCCGCUUUCAAAUCUCCAACCCCCUCAACAACCAAGGUUCAGCCAGGUGACACUUUGUGGAGCAUCUCGUCUCGUGUUCAGGGUAAUGGGGCUAAAUGGAAAGAAUUGGCAGCCCUUAAUCCGCAUAUUCGAAAUCCGAAUGUUAUAUUACCCAACGAAACUAUCAGAUUGCGAUGAGUUGAGCAUGCAUUGGAAUCUGCUUGAAAGGAUCAAGUGUUACUAAAUCCGAAUGUGUUAGUUCAAGUCGAAAGCAAAACUAGACAUUUACAUUAUCCUCAAGGUCUUUUCAGUUUAUAUAUUUGUGAUUAAGAAUUUAUGGUCAACUUAUCUCCUGUACUGCAA